CUGCACAUGCGCGGACCUUCCUCGGCCGGCGGCUCCAUGGCGGGCGCUGCGCGGAGCCUCCCGCGGGCGGCGGCCAAGAGGCUCUCGGUGGAGGGCAACAUCGCGGCGGGCAAGUCGACCUUCGUGGGGCUGCUGCGCAGAGCCUUCCCCGGGUGGCACCUGACGGCGGAGCCGGUGGCCAAGUGGCAGGAGGUCCGAGCCGCACGACAGGCCUCCUCUUCGACAAACUUCGGGAACCUGCUCCAGCUGAUCUACAGCGAGCCUUCCCGGUGGUCCUACACCUUCCAGAGCUACUCGUGCCUGAGUCGGCUGAAGGCACAGCUGGAGUCCCUGGCCGCCCAGAGCCCCCAGAGCCCUGAAGCGGUGCUGGUGUUCGAGAGGUCGGUCUACAGCGACAGGUACAUCUUUGCAAAAAAUCUCUUUGAGAUUGGCCACAUGACUGAGAUUGAGUGGAUCAUUUACCAGGAUUGGCACAACUUCCUCCUGCAAACCUUUGGGGACCAACUUGCCCUCCAUGGCUUUCUUUAUCUCCGGGCCCCUCCAGAGGUGUGCUUUGAGAGGCUGCACUACCGAUCCAGGCCUGAAGAGAAGGAGGUCCAGCUAUCUUACCUGGAGCAGCUUCACAUCCAGCAUGAAAACUGGCUUGUGGAAAAGACUUCUGUGAUCCAUUCUGGAGCUUUAAGGGAUGUGCCUGUCUUGAUUCUGGAUGUCACAAAGGAUUUUGAGAAAGAUCCAAAUGAACAAAGCAAGCUUGUAGGCCAGGUGAAAACUUUCAUGAAAACUCUUCGUUCCGAUUCUUUGCCUUCUAUCUCUACCACAGUCUGCAACUGAAGGGAGUUGGAUUCUGCAACUAAGAGCUGCUUGCUUAAUACUAAGGAAGCAAUGGGAGUGGUCUGUCUCUUUCCAUCCAGGCAGAUACAAACUCCAGGCCGGUCAGAGAGCCUAACAAAGGCAUGGCCCCAGUUGGCUUCCAGCCAGCAAUAGCAAGAAGAAGCCUUUUGGAGCUAUCCUACCCAAAGACAGGAGACAGUUCUGGGGCCAGCAGAGGGUCUCAGAUGCAUUCCUCAGGUUCCCUGAGACCCUGCAAGAAAGGUGGGCAAUGUCUUUGAGGGACCUGAACUCGGCACAGCAAUUCAUCCUGCUGAGCUCGGCCCACAGGAGUCAAACUGCAACCGUGGACCAGCUUUCAUUUCAUUCCUCUGUUCUGCUGGUUUCCUAUCAACAGAGUUCUAGAUUUUCAAGGAGUUCCUGAUGUCCUUCUUGGAAAUGGCGGGGGGUCAUGUUUGAAAACUUGACUGGGACUUGCACAUGAGCAGCAGACUCCAACAGUCACCCAUUGGCAGGUCUUUGCUGUUAUAACUGACACAGCUCUUCCCCCUCCUGGUACCAAUAAUGCAGUCACUUUGAUUUCUGAUGGCUCAAUUUGAUGAUGCCUGGCUAUGUAGGCAUCGUUUUGGUGGUUUGAAAAGUGUAGCAAUGACAAAUCACUGGCAGAAGGAUUGACAGAAACUGCUGUUAUCUUGCUUUAUUUUCUUGGCCAUUCAAUCCAACUACAUGGGGGAGAUGAUCUAUUGCCAUGGGGUGAAAUAUCACCAGUAUGAGAGCCACUUUGGCCUAGUGGUUAAGGCACCAAGCUAGAAAGUAGGACAUCUAGUCCCGCCUCAGCCCUGAAAGCCAGCUUAGUGGCUGCGGCCAGUCAUACAGUCUUAGCCCAACUUGUCUCAGAGCCGUUAUUGUGGAGAAAAUGGGAAGAGGAAGGUGUGCUGGAUAAGUAUGCUGCCUUGAGUUAUUUGUAAAAAAAUAAUAAAGACAGGAUAUAAAUAAAUAAA